CGUUAGCUCAUGUUUUGGCGUAUUGGUAACGUCUUUUAACAUAUUUACGGGUAAAAUAUGGAGUUGACAGCUGCACGCCGCUCGUUUCUUUGCGAUACUGGUUUCUGGCAAGACCGGACCGCCCUACAUGAAGCAGCGUCCCAUGGCAGAGCUCUACAGCUCAGACAGCUGAUAGAAAGUGGAACAUCUGUCAACAUGGUGACAGUGGACAACAUCACUCCUCUCCAUGAAGCCUGCAUACAGUCUCAUCCUAACUGUGCCCGGCUGCUGCUGGAGGCUGGAGCUCAGGUGGAUGUACGGACCAUCCACGGUGGCACUCCCCUCUGUAACGCCUGCUCCUCUGGCAGCCUGGAGUGUGUCAAGCUGCUGUUGCAGUAUGGAGCCAAAGUGAACCCGUCCCUCACAGCUCUCACUGCCUCACCGCUCCACGAGGCCUGUAUACAGGGUAAUGUGGAAGUCGUGAGGUUGAUGAUAGCCAGCGGUGCCAAGCUGGAGGCGUACGAUGUGUAUUUUGGUCCACCCCUUCAUAUCGCAUGUGCUAAAGGACGCUUGGAAUGUGUCAAGGAGCUGCUAAAUGCAGGUGCCAAUGUGAAUUCAUUAAAGUUCCAUGAGACAGCUUUGCACCAUGCAGCACGAGUCAACAUGUUGGACAUGAUCGAGCUGCUGAUGGAGUAUGGAGCCAACGUGUACGCUAGCGACAACCAUGGAAGAAAGCCUAUAGAAUACACAACGCCUUCAUCUCCCUCUUACGUCUGCUUCAGGUUUUAUGAAAGUAAUCCUCUGAGCCUGCAGCAGCUUUGUAGGAUCACUGUGAGGAGCAUGCUGGGUACCAGAGCCUCAGAGGUCAUAGGUCAGCUGGACAUAUCCCACCGCAUCCACAACUACCUUCAGUACUGUGAUCAUCCCACAUCACUGCAGACUGUCACAUGAAUGGAUUUUCUACAACCUGCA